UGUAAAUGCAAAGAUAGUAAAAUUAAUUUUCUUUUUUUUCUGUUUAAAAAAUGAAUUAUUUAUAUCUCAUUUAUAAUUUAAUAAAAAAAACAAAAUUAAUCGAACAAUAAAUGGGUGAUUAAAUAAGAUAUUUUUACGUAUUGUGUCAAAAAUAGUGAUUUUAAGUUCUAAGUGAAAUAAACUGUGUUUUCCAAAAUGGGAUUUCAAUUACAGUUGAUGCUUGUUUAUUACAUUUUUUAUUAAUAAACGAUUAUUCUUUAUUCCAUUGUGAAACAUGAAAAUAUUGCUUCUAUUUAUAAACUGAAAAAUAGAUUUACAGUUAAUCUGUAUGUUUAAUAUUUUUAAAAAGCACAUUUUGUUAAAAAUUUAUUUUAUUCUAUAAGAUAUAACAGAAUGUUUUAAAUUUCAAAAGAAUUCAACUAGUGUGUGAUAGUUAUUUAUCGAUUUGAUACCUGUUUUCUUUAUAUUUAAAAACAUGUAUCGUAAAGUCCUGAAAACUUACAAUCGAAAGAACAAUGGGAAACUUGAUUUCUCAUCAAUUCAAGGCCAAUCAACUAUAAAACCUGUAGAAAUUACAAAAAAUACAGAAAAAGAAAUUAUAAAUGAUACUUUUGAGGAUCCACAUGAUACAACUUUUGAUCGCAUUCUAAGAGAAUUCAAAAAUAAACCAAAUCCUCCACCAGUUCAAGAAAUAUCCUAUGAUUCCUAUACAGAAACUGACAUUGAUUCUUCUUUUAUAAAUCAAUCGUCAUCAGAUUCUGAUGAUGAUUUCGUUUAUAAAGCAAAAAGUCGAAAAAUGAAUUUAAAAUUGAAUAAACAAAGUUCACGUCUUGAAAAACAGAAGUCUUCCAAAUUACUUGACGAACAAGAAACGAAAAAAAGUCAAUUAACUAAAAAAACUAAAAGCAAAAAAUUAAUCCACGAUGAUACUCACAGUUCUUUCAAUUUCGUUUCAUCGGAAAAAGAAAAUACUUUAAAUGAUAAAUCAAAUAAUAAUAAAUUUCAACAUUCAAAUUUAAAAUCGUGUUCAAUUUUAUUAAAACAAUGUGAUUUGAUUAUGUCAAAGAAACAAGAGAAUAUAGUGAAAUUAAAACCCUGCUCAAUUAAACUAUCUCGUUUGAGGGUAAACUCUUUACCUGAAACAAUUCACAAUAAUUUAAAAAGAAAAUCAGAAGAGAAAUUUAUUAACAAUUUCAAAAGGCAAAGGAUAGAAAAUGAGGAAAAUGAUGAAAAAAAAUCGAAUACAAUUUCUCAAAGUAUAAAUGAUGAAAGUUAUGAUGAAAUUGUAAACAAAUCAAAAAAGAAAUCAAUUAAAAAUAUUGAAAAAAAGAAAAGAAGAUCUGCUAUAAUUUUUGAAAAUUUAAUAAGAAAUUCAAUAGGAGCAAAGGAGAAUGUCAAAAAAUUACGAAAAGUUCAAACUCCCCCAAAAAUAGAUAGUCCAAUUGAAAUCAAGAGUCCAAUAAUUUUGAAAGAAUGUAGUGUUAAUUUAACACGCAUCAAUUCACCAUCAAUUUCAUUUACAAAUAAUUUUGUUAGCAGUACUCCUUUUAUAAAGAAAAAUAUAAAUCUACAUAAACAAUCAUUACCUUUAAAUUUGGAAAUUAGUAAUAUUACCUCACCGAUAGUUAAACAAAAUAUUCCUUCAACACCUGACAAACAAUUAAUCACAUCAAAUCAAUUUAAAGAACCAUCAUCAAUUCCAUUAAAAAAUAUUAACAAAUCAAAAACUGUCAAUCUUCAAAAUGAUUUGAGUGAAAAUUUUCAAGAUAAUACGGAAAAUUGGAAUAAUUCCUCUGAUUAUUCAGAAAUUGAAUGGGAGACUAUCAAUGAAUCUGAACUCUCAAAAGAACCAUCUUUGCAAAGAAAAUUUAGAUUACUUCCACCUAAUGAUAAAACAAAAGCAAAUUUAACUAAAAAUUCAUCAUCAAUUACCGAUACAAGUUUCUCGAUAAAUGAUAGAAAAAAUAAAGAAACAUUGAUAAAUAAAAGUUUAGAAGUCUCCUUAGAACGAUGUCACGUUGGUACUAAAAGAUUUUUAAACAAAAGUCCAGAAUACGAAAAAUCUAUGUCCUUAUGUUUCGACGAUACAAAAUCACAAGAUGAUAAUUUAAAUUCCUCUUCGGUAAUAACAACAGACAGUAAAGAUUUAAAGAAAUUUUCAUCAGUUUCCGUGAAAUUAACUAAAUUAGAAUAUCCCGAAUCUUACAAUAAUUCGUCAAUUUUAAAUCAAAGUGAUUUAAAGGGUUUCGAAAGAAAAUUAGAACUUUCUCUUAAGAAAUUAUCACCAAUGACUUCAAUUCCCACAAGUAUUGUUUAUUCAAUUGCAGUCGAGGAUUCAAGAAAUGAUAUAUCAUUAAUUAACGAUACAAAUAAAAAAAAAGAAAAAUCUCUUGAAUUUGAAAAUUCCAGUUUAAGAAGAUGUUUAAAUUAUGAUGAAGAGCCAGAAAUUCAAAAUAUAAAUAACAACGUAUCUCCAAUUAAGAAAGACAAAACACUUAAUGAUACAAAUGAAUCCAAUUCGGAAAUUUCAAUUAUUGAAUCCUCAUUGAAAGAAGACGAUGAAGUGAAAAGAAAAUCUCAUUUGGAAGUUUCAGUAAUUCUUUCACCGUUAAAAAUGGAAAAAUCUCAAUAUUUCCAGAAAAAAGAAACGUCAAAUCAAAUUAUUGAAAAUUCAACAAUUGAUAGUGGUAAUUCAUUUGAAAGUACAAGUGCCAUAAAAAAUACUCAAGAAUUUGUGUUAGACGAUAAUAAUUCAUCAUUAAAAGUUAGUCAAGAUUCAGGGCAAGUUAAUGAUUCUUUGACAAAAAGUAGUCAAGAUUCUAUGAAUGAUGAUUCAUUAACAAAAAAAGGCCAAUAUGAAAAAUAUGUAAAGCCAUUUAAGCAGUAUCAAAUAAAUUCACAAGAAGAAAUAAUGGAUGCAGAGACUGUAAUAUAUGAUAAAAAUGACAAAAAUAAUAUAGUUACAAAGGCUGUGAAUGCUAGUGAAAUUAAUUCUAAAGAAUCACUUAAACAAUUAAAAGAUUCAGUAAAAAUAACGCAACGACGAAAAAAAUAUCAAAAUUGGGGAUGGCGGCUCUCUGAUAUUUCAGAAAAUGAAAGUAGAAAUUUUAAUGAGAAUGAAAUAAUAAAUGAUGAUGAUGAAGUGAUUCCAAAAGAAGCUGAAAAGAAUGCUAAUAUUUCUUCAAUUAGUAAUAAUUCACUAAUUGAACAAUCACAACCAGAACAGCAUUUAUUUUUGAAACCUGGUAAAUCUUGGGCAAGAUCAUUGUCAAUUUUAAAUAAUAUUCAUUCUCAAACUGAUGUGGACAGAUUUUCUGUUGGAAAAGGAAAGAAAUGGAGGCACAGCGUCAUUUCCAUUUUGGAUAUGCAAAAUAAAGGCAAUCUUCAAAGUUGUAUAAAAGAACAGGAAACAUCAAAUUCAAAUUCACCAAUUAAAGAUCAAAAUGGAAUUGUUGAAUAUCCGAGAAUUGAAAGAUUUAGUCAAAUUGGAUCAACUAGUCCUAGUCGUUUAUUCAAGAGAAUUUCAAUUCGUGUUGUACCUGAUGUUAAAAAAUUUGAUAUCAAUAAUGAAGAUACACAAUUUUUAGAAGCAUAUGGCAUUCCAUCGAGUCAAACAAAAACAGUUUCAAGUAUUCAAGAAAAUGACAAAUCCAUAGCUUCACCUGAGAAGAGUUUAUUGCAUUCACAAGAUUCUAUUCAAGAAAUUAUCGAUUCUCAACCUUUGACAACUGCAAAAUGUGUUGUUUUAGAAAAAUGUCAUCAAACUGAGUAUUUGCCAUUUAAUCAAUGCUAUCCCAAAAAGUUUUUAAAAUCCUGUCGAAAAAUUGGCGAAGGUGUUUAUGGUGAAGUGUUUUUGUAUAAUAACGAGACUGAUAGUUCAGUAAUAAAAAUUAUUCCAAUUGAAGGCGAUGAAUUAGUAAAUGGAGAACCACAAAAGAAAUUCCAUGAAAUUCUCUCUGAAAUUGUUAUUGCCAAGGAACUUCACGAUCUUCGAUUUAACGAAAUGUACAACACCUCUAGUUUUGUCGAAGUGAAAAAUAUUAAAUGUAUUGAAGGGAAAUAUCCAUCGAAAUUAAUUGAACACUGGCAAACUUAUGAUAAUGAGAAAAAGUCAGAAAACGAUUGCCCAUCAAUGUUUAAAAAUGAUCAAUUGUAUAUUUCAUUGGAACUUGGUAACGGUGGACAGGAUUUGGAAGCUUUUGUUUUUCAAAAUUCCGAGGAGACAUAUUCAGUUUUUUUACAGAUUGCCAUCGCAAUGGCCGUUGCAGAACAAAGUCUCGAAUUUGAACAUCGAGAUAUGCAUUGGGGAAAUAUUUUGAUAUCAAGAACAAAAAAAUCGCAAUUUUCUUAUAAACUUGGAAAUUUGGAAAUCAAUUUACCCUCAAAUGGCUUGAAGGUGGCAAUUAUCGAUUUCACACUUUCACGAAUGUCAUACAAGGGCUGUUGUAUUUUUAAUGAUUUAGCAUUGGAUCCCGCUUUAUUCACCGCUGAAGGAGAAUAUCAAUUUGAAAUUUAUCGUCUGAUGAGAGAUAAAUUGGGAAACGACUGGCAGACAUUUGAGCCAUAUACAAAUAUUCUUUGGUUGCACUAUACUUUAGAUAAAAUGAUAAAAGCCGUUCGUUACAAUAAAAAGAAAAUGACAUCAAAAAUUCACAAGAAUGGAAUUGAAAAAUUGAAGAAUUUAAAAACUGAAAUUCUCUUUUACGACAGUGCAUUUGAUUUAGUGACUAAAUGUGAUAAAUUUACUGUUCUCUAUGAAGAUUUCAAUUCUUCGACUGAUGAUAACGAUAAGUAGUAUUUGUAAAUAUUAUAAAAGUAUAUAUUUUUUUUAUGCAAUAUUUUUAGACUUCUUUAUAAAAUGUUUUUCUUGUUUCUCAAGAGACAUUCCGUUAGUUUGAUAGAUGUUACAUUAUUAAUUAUUACUUUUUUUAUUAAACAACAUUUGUUAAUAUUCGUAAGCGAAUAAAAUAGUAAAAGAAAGAAGAAAAUAUUAUUUCAAGAAUUUAUUUUUGAAAAAAUGUAAAUCAGCUUUUUAAUAGAAAAGUUUUUUCUUUGUAAAUAAUUUAUUUUGAAAUGUAGGUAUUAACUUCAAUCUAAUAUUAAUUAAAUUUCA